UCUUCCCCAGAUCCCCCAAAUCGAUUGAGCUCCUUCGCAUGGCCGCCCCUCCUCUCCCUCCACAGAUGCUUCUUCCAAAACCAAAAAAUCCCUCGCGGCCCGCCAAUUUUGCAGCGAAAACAAUGCUCGGGCGCCAAAUACCAUGGUGCCUACCUCCUCCAAACCCAAAUUAACAUCCACUAUUUAAUCUAAUCACCACGGGAAGGCAGCCGCCAGUUAGGGUAGUCUGCUAGAUGGCGACCUCCUCGGCGGCCGCGGCCACAAUGGAGACGCGGCAACCAGCAGCCACGCCGUCGACCCCACGGUUCACGACGUCGUCGCCAGCGCUCACGAUGACGCCGCCAGCGAACACGAGGACGACGUCGACGAGACGCGGGGCCACGACGGCGCUAUUCGGCGGCGCAGGCAGGACGCCGACCCCAACUCUGUCCGACGACGGAGAGGACGGCAGUCAAGAUCGCAGUUCAUCAGGCCGAGCACUACCCGUCAGGCAAUGUCGUAUUGGAUCCAUGACACUUGGGCCGGACUCACAACGUCGGUAAGCAGAGCACUCGUGCUUCAUUUAGAAAUUGUCGUGUAUACUCAAAUGAAAUUCCUCAAUUUCCAUUCAACUAGGUAUGCCUCUAUAUGUAACCCUUGCCGUGCCCUAAGAUAACUAAUAAUUAAAUUCAUUUAAAAUAUACAAUAUGUUUCUUUGUGGUAUCCCAAGCACUGUAAUUAUUUGAGAUAUUAUUAGAAUAAUAAUGGAAACGCGAUAUUUGUAUCAGUAUGAGACAAUAAGAAUACACUUAGGCUGGUGGUGAUCUAUAGACAUUCAAUGUUUCUAGACCAUAGCACAAUGCAAGCAUAAGAGGCACCCCAUACUAUAUUCUAAUUGGUUAUGGUAAACAAUAAUAUUGGUCGGUUGGUAUUACAUACCUUUUUUAUAGCUCCAUAGUUUUACUUAUUUGGGAUCACUUAUUUGUGAUGGUUCCUGACAAUACAUGGCAAAUAAAUUUCUGUUGGAAUAAAUAGUACUGAGAUAACAUCUAUAUAGAUUUGUGAUGGCUCCCAGUAUAGCAUGCUGUGCUAAGAUAACAUCUAUAUAGAUUUGCUCAUGUAAAUAAUAUAGGGAUAUUUGUUGCCUCUCUAUAUAUUAUCCUAUUGCUGGUCAUGUAUGUAUCUGCAAAUUUCUGCAAUGUAUUAUUCUGAAUGAAACUAAAACAAAAUAAGUUUGAUAGUAUAACUUAUCCUAUUAUCAAUUUCCAAGUAUAAAUUUCGGCCAUGUAAAUGUCCAAGUAUAUUUCCUGUUAUUAAUUUUCAUUGAAUUUUUACCAUGUAUGCCUUUACAAAUUGCUGGUUGUUAUCUAGUUGCUUUGUUCAGUUGUUUAUUAUUUAAUUAUUAACUAUUCUUUAUUCAACCGAGAUUACCAGAGAAUGAACCUUGCUGGUUGUUUGUUCAUUACUACUUACAAAAUUUCACCCUCCGCCACUGCCACUGAUCCAUUUAUGCAUGAAUGUGCUUGUCACGGAAAAUACUGAGACAUUGUCAGAAGAAACAGAAUCUUGGACAUUAUGUUUUCGUCUGAUAGGUGCACCAUCUGAAAAGGAUAUUUGUGAAAUCAGCAAAGUGAAGAAGGAUGAUGUCACGUUUGGAAACUUGUUAACAUUGAAAUCACGUUUAGGUUACAACAUGAGGGACUUCUUAUACUAUAAGAAACGAAGUGGUAAUAAUGUAGCAACACUUCAUGAAAUUGAAACAGAAUCUGAUUUAAGUGUAAUGAUGACAAACAAUGAUGAGGAGAGAAUACUCAGAUUAGUUUUGAGCAAGGAUAGAAUAACCGAGCGAAAUGUAUCCAUAACUCCCAUGAAGAAACCUCCGGGUACAACUGUUGAUGAGGACGAAUUCAUAACUGUGUCACUUGAUGACUACAAGGACUGGCUUGCAGAACUGCAUGCGGAGCGUAAAGGCCUUGAACUUCAAGAUACAUUCAGGAUAGAUACAAUCAAAGCAUACAACGAAUGGUUACGUCAUGAAGGACAACUUGAUGACAUCGAGGCAUAUGAGGAGCUUCAAGGCACUCUGUCAAGUCAAUCCAGCAAUCCAACACCACCAAGGCAGCGGCCAAGUCACGCUCGUCGUGACAAAGAACUGGUCAACAAUUGGCAAUCUGGCAGUGGAAAGAGGAAGUUUAAAGGACGUGGGCACCUCAAAGGUUUUACUGCGUCCAACAAAAGAGCUCGACAGGGCACCACAAAAUUGGAUGUUGAAUUCUCUAGAAUGCAGAGACCUGUAGGUGGUAAUCGACGGUCUUUUGUUGAUGAAGUGGUACUGUUUACAAGGAGAAAGGCUCCACUAAUUGGAGUGAGAUGGUGGAAAAACAUUGAUGAUGAAGUUAAGGAGGAUAUAGCAGAUGCAGUAAUGAAAAAGUGGGACCUUGCGAAUACUUUGGAGAACAAGAAAAAGAUAUGGGCCAUUGCAAAUGAGCGCUAUAGAGGAUGGCGAUCAACAUUUAGUUCAACAUGCAAGGCUUAUGACACUUAUGAUGAGAGAAUGAGACAUAAGCCUGAAGAACUAAACAUUGUUGAAUGGCACUAUCUAGUGUUGUAUUUUACCAGCGUGGAAUUCCAGGAACGUAGCAACCAGAAUUCUCAAAACCGUUCGUGUGUCCAAGCAGUGCAUAGUGUGGGAUCAAAGUCGUUUGGUCAGUGCAGCUAUGAACUGAGAGACCCAGAAACUGGUGAAGAGCCAGAUGAUUGUGAGCUUUGGGCGAUUACACACAGUAAGAAAGGGAAAUGGACAAACACUGUAUCUGAGGCUAUCUAUGAAACUGCUCGCCGCAAAAUUGCGGAGAAGGAAACCGAGUCACCAGAUAGCUUCAUUCCUUUAGUAGAGAGAAACCUUCUUUUCCAAGAAGCAUACAAGCAAACUACUCGAUCUAAAUCAUCCAAGCUUCAUGGUAAUGGAUAUAUGGCAAGGUAUCCAAGUAGAAGGCAGCUACUGACUGAACGUUUAGAGGACCAGGCCCGUUCUGAAAUGGCAUCCCAUAUGGAAACUGAAGAGCUGAAGGCUACGCUCGAGAAGGUACAAGAACAACUCGAAAACCAAGUUGCUGAAAGGGAAGCCGAGAAGGAGGAACAUAGGCGUCAGAUGGAAGAAUUGCAGAAAGCAAGGCAGGCUGAUAAAGAAGAACUUAGGAAAGAGUUCAUGUCAAUGCUAGCAGCACAAACGCAAGGAGCAUCACCACAGGUUAACCAAGCUGCCAUCGAAACAACAGCCAACGAGAUAGUAGGCAACGAAACAGUAGGCGAUGAAGCAGCAGGCAAUGAAAUAGCCUCAAGUACUCAUCAACCAAUCCUGACUGAAAGAGAAGGAACAACACAAGACAAUGAAACACCCUUACCUCAGGAGAUUAAUCUACAAGUCAAGCAGAAAGCUUCUACACCCGCAGGUAACAUAGGGCGCAACACUAGGGGCAGCCUUAUGCGAAGCCAAUCACAAAACAAAGAAGGGAAUGUUACACCAAAUUUUAUUUCUCCAAAACAUUUGCUUGAUGCUGCGGCAAGGAAACGAUCAGCCAGAAAGAAUUGAAUGACAAAUGCAAAGUUUGAGUGGAGAGGGUCUGAUGGGAUUGACCAAAUGAGGCCAAGUCAAGCCAAGUGAAGCCGCAACAUCUUAGAUGUUUUGGUUUAGAAACAAAUGUCUUGGAUAUUUUUUGUUUGAAUAAUGUUUGUGUUGUCUCAGUUUGAAUUUUUGGAUCGUUUAUUCUACAUGUAACAAAUGAACAAGUUAUGAUUUAAUGGCUUUACCAAAUGGUUUGUUUAUGUC